AAAGCCCUUAACUUUGCUCGAUGGCUUCCAUCUUGCAUCUCCCACACGCUGGCAAGGUCGUCUCUUCAUCUUUCUGGACACCGCCUCAUCUCUCUCUGUGUGUCCAAGUUGCACCCGACCCACUCGUCUACCUAGAGGACGGGGCGGCCUAAACAGUAGACCGCUUCCAUGGAGCCUUCGGCACCAGCCCUGCCUCCACUGAGUCCGUCAAGAAAGGCAUCGAUUCUCGUCUGUGACUGCAUGUUCCGCCUUCAUUUGGUCCGCUGAUACGGUUGCUACGCCGGUCCGCCUGCUUGGCUACAUGAUGGGGUCGAUUCCUGCAGCCUUGUUGUGCAGAAGAAUCCCGACUACAUAAGAUGACGCCGGAACCCUCUUCCCCCUCUGUCCCUCCGUCGCCACGUUUUGUCGAUGGCUACUUUCCUCCCCAACCACCUCCACCGAUGGCUGUCGACAACAACACAAUCCUCAGGCUGAUCCAGCAACUCGAAGUCGACCGGCAAGCCUACCUGUCCACCUUCGAGAGGAUCCACGAGACUUUGAUACAGGCUCUCCCCCCACAGCCAGCCAGGCCUGUAGCCAGUCCGCGGCAGACCCUGACAUCUAUUCCAUUGGCUUCAUCUCCCACUUCUCUACCAUCUUCUGAGAUUGGCCCACCGGUGGUCGUGUUGAAAAGGCGGCCUAGUCUGAACAGCCACCACUCCAAUCCGAGCAGUCACAUUCUCGAGCAACACCACCCUCUACGCCAACCAAAGGACUCUAUAUAUACUGGAGACGACAGCUCCGACAGCGAGGACGAUGAAUCAUUCUUUGCGCAGGAGCUAUUGCCCCCGAGGGACUUCUCGGAGACUGAUUUAAUUGAACAUCUGAAGACCUACUCGUGGGAUAUCUACAGCAAAUACAUUCUACAGGAUCUUCUCCGAAACAUUGAUUUGCUUUCGAAUGGCAUCUUCCUCAAGGACCGGCAUAAUCAAACAGAUGCCAAUCAUCAGCAUGCAGAUAUCUACCACGUCGGUGCAGACGGCUCGCCUCUGCGGUUCUCUCGAGGUGAUUCAGACGAAGGCCCUCUCGCGGCCUGGGAAGCGUUGAAAAAUACCAACAGCGACCAGUCACGAAAGCAAGCCGUGGGACGGAUAAUCGUUGUCCGAGAGCCCGCAUCAAGCCUUUUCGCCGCCUUGCACCUCACUAUGAGUGAAUACUUCGACAUGGACUCUAUUUUUCGCAUCAUGAUUGACGAUCAUACCCCGACCAAAGCUAUAACAAAGGGCUACUUGAAGGGGGACCACCGCCGACAACGAUCUGUGGUCUUUGUUUUCAAGUACCAUACCAUCGUGGGGGAAGGGCGAGCCCCUCUUCACUGGCAGAAUCAUGACGAAGAUCCGGAAACCGAGGAUGGCCAUAUCCCACUUACGACUUGUUCUUCCGUUGUUGCCCUCUCCCUCGCUGGCAAGCCCACCUAUACUCUCCGACGCAAUUCUCGAAAGAACAAAUCGGUCAUCGGGCAUGUUUACGAUCCGUUCGCGCCGUGGCACGUCCUCUCCAUUCAAUGUUUUCCGGACUGGAACUCCAGCGUCGACACGCAUGAACACAACCAUCAUUAUUGCAACGGUCCCGAUGCUUUCCUCACAGGCGUGCUCUCGGAAUACAAAGACGCAAUCAAAAGGUUCAAGGUCAUACACAAGGCCAUCCAAGAACUGGCCACACCACCGAACAAGUCAAUCUUCGACAGCGCCCUCCGGGACGAACUUCUCUUCGAAAACAACAAGUUCACCUACUCGCGGCGCUAUUUCUGGGCAUCGCAGACCCUCGGGCUUCUAAGCAAUGAAAUCAAGGACAUGAUUUCGACCUACAGGGACACCUUCACCGAUGAAUUCUGGUCUGGGGAGCAUAAAACGUUGUUUCCGGGCACUAAGGAUCAGUCGCCCCGGUACAACAACUGGAGGAAGAAACUGGUCUAUACUCGAAGACAAUAUGAAAAGGAAAUCGCUCAACUGGAGGAGGUUUUGCGGAUAUUUCAAGAACAGCAAAAGCAGAUCAAAAACCUGCGGGAGUGGCUCUUCAGUGGGACAUCGGUUCUGGAAAGCAGGGAGGCCGUGAGUAUGGCGAAGAUAACUGUCGAACAAGGCUACAACAUCAGGCUAUUGACGUUGGUCACCUUGUUCUACUUGCCAUUGAGCUACGUCACGGGGAUUUAUGGGAUGACGAAUAUGCCACCAAAUGACUCUUUCCUCCCUUUCGCAAUGACAACGCUCGGAAUCUGCCUACCGACCUACCUUCUGAUCGUGGUUGUGAACAAUCCCAAUGUCGUCAAAAGGCUCCUGGCCAAUAUCGGCCUCUUCUUCACAAAAGUCACCUCAAUUCCGGCUCCGAGGAAGUCCGAGAAACUACGGGAAAAGAUUUUAGAAAGCAAGAUUUCUCAUAAGGGAGAGAAACAAAACACAAUACAGAAGGUUGCGACCUUCGCGAGUCUCGAGGCUCGACUGUCCCAAGACUUGAGCCACGAACCUUCAUUACGAGGCUCUCAUGGAUUUGCACACGCCACACGUCGCAUGUCUCAGUCGAUCGGUAACUACCUGCCGGGGGUGGCAACAAGACAAGCCUCGCAACCCCCGGCUCAAGCACUACCCAGGCUGUCCACCUUCCCGGAGGAACCCAAACAUCCUCGGAGAUCCAGCACGAUCAAAUUCGACGAACCUUUCUCCAGCUCGACGAAGUGGGAGGCUGACGCACCGCCGCGGACCACAGUCCGGGACUUUGACAAGUCAUUUUCGAAUCUCUCAAGUAUAUCCCCUACAGAGAGUCCGCCUCUACCCGCCGUUGUUGUCAGAACGCCCAAUGGAUCACCCCUGCUGUCACCCUCGAGGGCAACGCUGAGACCACCUGAAUGGCGAAGAGAAAGGAGCCUCAGCCCCAGAAGUGGGCCGAGAGGGAGUAGGUCUCUCUUCGGGAGACUCAGCAGUCGACUUUCGUCCGCACUGCCGUCACCGAGGUCGUCUGAGCCAGGGAGUUCGACGGAAACUGUGUAGAAUCGACGGGGACUGGGAUGCAUUGCCCGGUGGAAACGUCACACUGUAUUGCCACGCCGGUCGAUCUCGCAUGUGUCUGGUGGACGGUGGAAGGGGAACGUGAAGAAAAUAGCAACAUCAACUGCCAACCUGAACGACCAUCACAGUCCGGUAGGUUGAAGGCAUGACCGGAUAUGUUACGAGAAUUAUGAACGGCGGGCUCCUUCACGAGUAAUGAAAACGAUCUCAUGAUAGACACAGGUGAUUUCGGGUCGAUUAUCGCACAGGGAGACGAAUGCGAAUUCGACGACCCCUCUUAAAAAGAACGGCGUUUCGAGGAAUAUCUCCUGGCGAGGAGGGCUCGUGUCCAGAGAGAAGGUCGGCUUGGGUUUAUGAGAUCUACAAAAGCCUCGCGGCAUCAGCAGCAGCAGCAGCAGCAGCAAAAAAAGAGGCAGAACUAGCACAGGCAGCCUCGCCUAAUCAUUCCACGUCUUCACGGUAGGUGCGAUAUGGGAAUCUCAUCCCUGAUCUCAAGAGAGGGGGGGUUACACAGCUAAAGAAAUCAUAAAGCAACAAACCGGUUGAGAAGAGGUCCAGGGUGAAUGUAUGCACAAGCCAAUCCUUUGGACCUAUCUACUUGCCAAGGGACUACGGGGAAUGUGAGCACUGGCGCCUGAAGUAUAUACAGACGAAAACAAAAGAUGCACUGCGGAGACGGGGUGUCGGAUCCAAUACAUGUAUGUACAUAAGGGGAUGCCUGUCCAAUGCAGCCCGACGAUAUCAAGUGCUAGGCCAUGUACUCUACACAUCUCAGCUUAGUCGAUGCCUCCCAACUCAUUUUUUGUC